GCCCGGACCUGAGCGCCCACCCCCGGCGCGGGGAAAGGGGGGGGGGGGAGCCGCGGCGGAGGCACCGCUCGCACUUCGCAUGCCCGCGGCGCCCGGGAAGUCGGAUGUGUACGGCCUUCUCCCCCCUCUCCUCUCUCCUCCAUGGCCGUCGUGCUCCGGCUUCUCGGCCUCUCCGGGAGCGCUCCGUGGCCGGCGGGCACCAGCACCGGGAGCAGCAGCAGCAGCAGCACCGCACGUAGCGAGGCUCGGCGCGGCGGGCUCCAGUGACCGCGCCCCAGCCCGGCCAUGUACCCCCAGGGCCGGCACCCGGCUCCGCACCAGCCGGGCCAACCGGGCUUCAAAUUUACCGUGGCCGAGUCCUGCGAUCGGAUCAAGGACGAGUUCCAGUUCCUGCAGGCCCAGUAUCACAGCCUGAAAGUGGAGUAUGAUAAGCUGGCGAACGAGAAGACCGAAAUGCAGCGCCAUUACGUUAUGUACUAUGAAAUGUCCUAUGGGUUGAAUAUUGAGAUGCACAAACAGACAGAAAUUGCUAAAAGACUGAACACGAUUUUAGCCCAGAUCAUGCCUUUUCUGUCACAAGAGCACCAACAGCAAGUCGCACAGGCUGUUGAGCGUGCCAAGCAAGUGACAAUGACGGAGUUGAAUGCUAUCAUCGGGGUACGUGGACUUCCCAAUCUGCCUCUCACCCAGCAGCAGCUCCAGGCCCAGCACCUCUCCCACGCCGCCCAUGGGCCCCCGGUCCAGCUCCCACCGCAUCCCUCGGGGCUCCAGCCGCCGGGAAUCCCGCCGGUGACCGGCAGCAGCUCGGGGCUGCUGGCUCUCGGUGCCCUGGGCAGCCAGGCUCACCUCGCCGUCAAGGACGAGAAGAACCACCAUGACCUGGACCACAGAGAGCGAGACUCGAGUGCAAAUAACUCCGUUUCACCUUCGGAGAGCCUGAGAGCCAGCGAGAAGCAUCGAAGCUCCACCGACUACGGCAUCGACUCCAAGAAGCGGAAAGCAGAGGAGAAGGACAGCAUGAGCCGAUAUGACAGCGAUGGUGACAAGAGCGAUGACCUGGUGGUGGACGUCUCCAAUGAGGACCCUGCCACCCCCCGGGUCAGCCCAGCCCAUUCCCCCCCGGAGAACGGCAUAGACAAAGCCCGUGGGUUGAAGAAGGGGGAUGCACCCAACAGCCCGGCCUCGGUGGCCUCCUCCAGCAGCACUCCCUCCUCCAAGACUAAGGACCUGGGCCACAAUGACAAAUCAUCGACGCCCGGGCUCAAGUCGAACACUCCGACGCCGAGGAAUGAUGCUCCCACCCCGGGGACGAGCAGCACCCCGGGGCUGCGGCCAAUGCCUGGCAAGCCAACCGGCAUGGACCCUCUGGCCUCGGCCCUGCGGACGCCCAUCUCCAUCGCGGGCUCCUACGCGGCUCCCUUCGCCAUGAUGGGGCACCACGAGAUGAACGGGUCGCUCACCAGCCCCGGCGCCUACGCGGGGCUCCACAACAUCCCCCCGCAGAUGAGUGCCGCGGCCGCCGCCGCCGCUGCCUACGGCCGGUCGCCAAUGGUGAGCUUUGGAGCCGUUGGCUUUGACCCACACCCGCCCAUGAGAGCCCCGGGGCUGCCCUCGAGCCUGGCGUCCAUCCCUGGAGGGAAGCCAGCCUACUCCUUCCACGUGAGCGCCGACGGGCAGAUGCAGCCCGUGCCCUUUCCCCACGACGCGCUGGCGGGUCCUGGCAUCCCGCGGCACGCGCGGCAGAUCAACACGCUGAGCCACGGCGAGGUGGUGUGUGCCGUCACCAUCAGCAACCCCACCAGGCACGUCUACACCGGCGGCAAGGGCUGCGUGAAGAUCUGGGACAUCAGCCAGCCGGGCAGCAAGAGCCCCAUCUCCCAGCUGGACUGCUUGAACAGAGAUAACUACAUCCGCUCCUGCAAGCUGCUCCCCGACGGCCGCACGCUGAUCGUGGGAGGGGAGGCCAGCACCCUCACCAUCUGGGACCUGGCAUCACCCACGCCGCGCAUCAAGGCCGAGCUCACCUCCUCUGCCCCCGCCUGCUAUGCCCUGGCCAUCAGCCCCGAUGCCAAAGUCUGCUUCUCCUGCUGCAGCGACGGCAACAUCGCCGUCUGGGACCUGCACAACCAGACACUCGUCAGGCAAUUCCAAGGCCACACGGACGGCGCCAGCUGCAUAGAUAUCUCCCAUGAUGGUACGAAGCUGUGGACGGGGGGGCUGGACAACACGGUGCGCUCCUGGGACCUGCGGGAAGGGCGGCAGCUCCAGCAGCACGACUUCACCUCCCAGAUCUUCUCCCUGGGGUACUGCCCGACGGGCGAGUGGCUGGCGGUGGGCAUGGAGAGCAGCAACGUGGAGGUGCUGCACCACACGAAACCAGACAAGUACCAGCUGCACCUCCACGAGAGCUGCGUCCUCUCCCUCAAGUUCGCCUACUGCGGUAAAUGGUUUGUGAGUACUGGAAAAGACAACCUGCUCAACGCCUGGAGGACGCCCUACGGGGCGAGCAUCUUCCAGUCCAAGGAAUCCUCGUCCGUGCUGAGUUGUGACAUUUCAGCGGAUGACAAGUACAUCGUCACGGGCUCUGGUGACAAGAAGGCCACAGUCUACGAGGUCAUCUACUAAGGGUGGAUUUCCCAGCAGGGCUGGCAGCUCCCGGCACCGGCGGGGGCAGGACUCAGCGGCCGGCGGGGGGCUCGGGGGGGCACUGCCAUGGGGCAGCCCCACGCUCCGGCCCGGCUCGGCUCUGCCACGGGGACCCCGGCGUUCAAUACACCCGGAUUUAUUUGGAGGUCUGCAACUAUGGCACACAUUGAAGCCCGAAAACGGAUUUCUUUUUGGUUUGGUUUUGAGGGUUUUGGGGUUUAUUUGGAUUCUAUUUUUUGGUUCUCUGGUUCUCUCCGUCUGCGCUUUGGUGGCACUAUAAAGGACUCAUUUUUUUAUUGUGACUUUAUCCUCCUGGUUCUUUUUGGUGCAUCCUGCAUAAGACUUGUGAAAAGUGUAAAUACCGGACUAGUAAAUAGCAUUGGAAGGGUGGGGGACCCCUCCCGGUACACUAGUUGUGUAUUUUCGUCUGCUGUAAUUGUAUUCCACUGAUGGUUUUGGUGGUGGCAAUUUUAUUAUUAUAUUUUUUUUUUUCCCUCCUCCUUUUCCCCACUCCCCCCCCUUCCAUUCCUGGGCCGCAUCCGUUGGGAUGCGCCUCGGCCCCGGCCCUGCAGCGCGGAUCCAGGCUGAGCAGAGCUGUCCACUGGUGCAAGUUGUUCCUACUGUCGUCCCCGUGCGUUGUUCGGUGUGUUAGUGAUGGUGGGACGCUGCUGGGACCGCGGGGGACUCGGUCGCAUCCUCGGCUACUGACGGGACAUCAGCAACACAAUCACCUUUGGGUUUUUAUAUAUGGAUUUAUUAUUAUUUUGGGUUUUUUUUUGGGGGGGGGGGGGUCCUUCUUUUUUGUGCUCGUAUGUUUGAAGCAAAGGGGAAGCCCAACGCUGCGGGAUCGUCUGCGCAAGCCCUUCUUGGUCUUCGGACAGAAGCAAUGAGGAGUGAUUUCAAAGAAAGCAUAGUAAAAAUUCAGCUCAGGGAGCCACGAAAGAGAAUAGCAACUUCUGUGUUUUGUAUUCAAAUGAAAGUAAAGAAUUAGAAUUGAUGAUAA